GGUCGCAGGAAAAGUGCGUCACACUAGGAGCGGGAAGCAGCGGGCUGGUGGUGCCGUGGUGCAGCGGUUUGAUCCGUAACCGUCUACUCUUCAUGUAUUAUUUAGCUAGCAAACAGCUAGCGGGCUAGCUAAAUAAGAAGCAACUGAGGACUGACCAUGCCGCGGGAAAUCAUAACGCUUCAGCUUGGACAGUGUGGAAAUCAAAUCGGAUUUGAGUUUUGGAAACAGCUGUGUGCAGAGCAUGGCAUCAGUCCAGAGGGGAUUGUUGAAGAGUUUGCUACAGAAGGGACCGACAGAAAGGACGUCUUCUUUUAUCAGGCAGACGAUGAGCACUACAUCCCUCGAGCAGUUCUUCUGGAUCUGGAGCCAAGGGUGAUCCACUCCAUCCUCAAUUCCCCCUAUGCAAACUUGUACAACCCUGAGAACAUCUAUCUGUCCGAGCAUGGCGGGGGUGCUGGGAAUAACUGGGCGAGUGGAUAUUCACAGGGCAAAAAAAUCCAAGAAGACAUAUUUGACAUCAUUGACAGGGAGGCAGAUGGCAGUGACAGUCUGGAGGGAUUUGUCCUGUGUCACUCCAUUGCUGGGGGGACAGGCUCUGGCCUUGGAUCUUACCUGUUGGAGAAACUCAAUGACAGGUACCCAAAGAAGCUGGUGCAGACAUACUCAGUUUUCCCCAACCAGGAUGAGAUGAGCGACGUGGUUGUCCAGCCGUACAACUCACUGCUCACAUUGAAGAGGCUCACCCAGAAUGCAGACUGUGUGGUGGUGUUGGAUAACACAGCUUUAAAUCGCAUAGCCACUGACAGACUGCACAUCCAGAACCCAUCGUUCUCCCAGAUCAAUCAGCUGGUUUCCACCAUCAUGUCUGCAAGCACAACCACCCUGCGCUAUCCAGGCUACAUGAACAACGACCUGAUUGGCCUGAUUGCAUCUCUCAUCCCCACACCUCGCCUCCACUUCCUCAUGACUGGAUACACACCGCUCACUACAGACCAGUCGGUUGCCAGUGUGAGGAAAACCACAGUACUGGAUGUGAUGAGGAGACUUCUGCAACCCAAGAAUGUAAUGGUGUCCACAGGGAGGGAAAGGCAGCCGAGCCACUGCUAUAUUGCCAUCCUUAAUAUCAUCCAGGGAGAAGUGGACCCCACACAGGUGCACAAAAGCCUUCAAAGAAUCCGGGAGCGUAAACUUGCAAGCUUUAUCCCGUGGGGUCCCGCCAGCAUCCAGGUGGCAUUGUCUCGGAGGUCCCCGUACCUGCCCUCUGCUCACAGAGUCAGCGGUCUGAUGAUGGCCAACCACACUAGUAUCUCCUCACUGUUUGAGCGGACGUGCCGGCAGUACGACAAACUGCGUAAGCGUGAAGCCUUCCUGGAGCAGUUCCGCAAAGAGGAUAUAUUCAAGGACAACUUUGAUGAGCUAGACAACUCUCGCGAGGUGGUGCAGCAGCUGGUGGAUGAGUACAGUGCAGCCACGCGGCCUGACUACAUCUCCUGGGGAACGCAAGAACAAUGAACAGAUUAUUUGUCUUGUUUCUCAACUACAACUUUAUCUGUAUACAUGCUUAUCUAGCUUAAUCUAACUCAAGUCUCCUAUUUUGAAAUAUUUUUCCCUGGAAAAUAGACAGGUAUUUGACUAGAGCUGCUUUGAAAAAAUAUUUAUUGGCGUGUUAUAGCAUGUAAUUGUUACGUGUCACAUCCUGGUGAUAUUCAGAUCCCUUUGAUAUAACAGAAAAUAGAUAAAAGCCCUUCUUAAUCGUUCAGUGAAGUUUAAACAAGAGUACUUGUAUCUUGCAAGUCUUUGCAGAAACGUUGUACAAAAAGGCUAUAAAUGGUUCUUACUGGUUCUUUUCCUUCUCCAGUACUCAGCUUGUAUUUUUAUUUUUUCACUGAUGUUUGAGCUGUUGCCUUGUUAUGUUCUAUUUUUAUACUCAGUAUAGCACUUAAGUUUAUCUUCUUUUGUUUCACAGCAAAAACACCCACCAUACAAAGUGAUUGCCUUCAAUAAUUGUAGGUUAGUGAUGUUUGAUGCAAGUUCAUGCAUCAGUAACACUUCUGACAUGGUGCUUUGUACUGUCUGCUGCUGAUAACACAUUGCACAUUAGCUUUCACUGUACAUGACCAACAAGAAUGUCACAUAUAAGUUGGGCUCAAGCCAAAAAUUACCUACAAAAAUACCCGCCAUACAGUCAUUUACAGCAUUUGUCAGCUUCAAUAAAGAAGCUACGGAUCUAGUGUCACACUUUGUCUCUAUGCCUGUAAAUAUCCCCCAAAACAAAGCUGGUUCAAUGGCGUCUGUAUUGUUUAAAAUGAAUAUACAGUUACCCAGUGCUUCUCUUGUUGGACCUGUUUAAAAUAAUGAAUAAACACAUUUUCUAUUA